AUGCAAUCAUGGGAGCUUUUAAAGGACAAGCUUCAAGAAAUUGAACCUGAGGCAAACUUGGCUGCAACCAAGAAAAAAAUUGAGCAUAUGCGAUCGGCUUUCAAUAGAGAGCACAAAAAGGUUAAAGAAUCAAAACGAACGGGAGCAGGAGCCAAUGAUGUCCAUGUUCCUAACCUGUGGUACUAUAAUUUGCUGCUGCCUAUUUUUGACAAGAAAGAUGAACAAUCAAGAUGCGGGGUAGACACGCUGUCCAGUGAUGAAGAAUCCAGACCAUCAGAACAUGAGAAGGGCAGAAAAAAGUUAAAUAUCUUGGAAAUUAAAAAAAGGAAAUUAAUAGAUACUGCACAAGAAUUAUUGCAAAGCGAUAAUAGAAAAGAAAAUCAGAAGGAAAUAAACUCAUUUGGCUUGUACGUAGGAGAACAACUAGAUCAGAAUCGAAACAAAAAGAUCUCGAAAUUUCCCUAUUUUUCAGAUGUCAUCAUCACCACAAUAUACCCGACUAUCACCAUCCCCAAAUUACAUUCAGUCAUCAUCAUCUCCAUAUCACAUUCAGGCAUUAACAACACCACAACAAAGCCACCCACCACCAUCCCCAAAUUACAUUCAGUCAUCAUCAUCUCCAUAUCACAUUCAGUCAUUAACAUCACCACAACAAAGCCACCCAUCACCAUCCCAAAUUACAUUCAGUCAUUACCAUCUCCAUAUGAUUGCAUUAACAUCCACACAAAGCCACCAUCACCAUCCCCAAAUUACAUCCAGUCAUCACCAUCUCCAUAUUACAUCCAGCCAUCACCAUCACCAUAUCCCACCCAACCAUCACCACAUCCCACACAACCAUCACCAUCACCACAUCCCACCAAACCAUCAUCAUCACCACAUCCUACAAAACCAUCACCAUCACCACAUCCCACCAAAACAUCACCAUCGCACCCUACCAUACCAUCACAUACGAAUAGAAUAAUAUACGAAGGACCGGCUAGUGCAAUAAGUGAAUUUGUAAUUUUUAAAAAGGAUAAAUAA